CUGGAGCGGAAACCCCAGAUUUUUCCAGGUUGCUAACUUCCGGUUUAAAGCCUUAACGUAGCGCACGAAAAAUCGUACUUGAGGUUAGGAUCCGUGGAAAUGGAAUAUAUGGAAUAUAAUUCCAUCAGCAGCAAUGUUUAUAAAGACGAUAGCUCAUCCUCAGAGAAUAUGCCUGACACACAGAUAAUGGACAAUUAUAAAAGUAAGAUGGGUGAAAUGGUCUUGAAUAUCACCCUGGAGAUCAUCUACGUGCUGACAGGAGAGGAUUAUAUGGUUGUGAAGAAAAAUAGUGACCAUAGCUGCCACAUGUGUGUGUCCGAAAGUUCCACUCAAACAGAGAAAGUCAUCAUGGAACCUCCACCAAACUCACUGAUACAUGACAGAAACAAUGAAAAGAAGAUCCUUGAACUGACCGGUAGGAUUAUUCAGCUGUUGUCAGAUGAGUGGGCACAUUCAGAAGACCAUAAGGACGAUUACCCUGAUGGUAUAAUGGAGGAUCGUAAACCAUUCGACUCACUUGAUGAAUCUGCAGAUAGGACAAGUCCUGGAGGAUUUUACAGCACUAUAGAUUUUUAUCAAACUGACAAAGGGAUUCAGAGAUCAAAAUGCAGAAGAAAAAAUACACCCAGAAAGCUGCAGAGCCAAUCUGUGACAGAUGUAAACGUGGUUUGUGUAUCAUCAGGUGACGAAUCUUUCUCAGAUAUUUUUAUACCACCAGAAUACAUUUCUCAUGUUAAAGAGGAAUCAGCCUCAUGUGAAGACGCAAAUCUCACAGAUACAGAUAAUUAUACACUUGAAAGUUACACAUCUACUUUUAUUAAAGAAGAGCCAGGAUUGCUUGAAGAAAGGAAUAUCAAAGACUUGUAUGCACCUAAAGAGUUCACAAAGACAGAUUUUGUGUUAACUGAACAAUUUUCUUCACAAACAGAUCUUCCUAAGCAACAGAAAUUUCCAGCAACUGAUAAGCUGUUUGAGUGUUCAUAUUGUGGGAAAUGUUUUACAGGUAAUUCAGAUCUUACUAGACAUAAGAGGGUCCACACAGGAGAAAAGCCAUUUCCAUGCACUGACUGUGGGAAAUGUUUUUCCCAUAAGUCCAAUCUGGUCACACAUCAGAAGCUUCACACUGGGGAGAAAGCAUAUUUAUGCUCUGAAUGUGGAAAAAGUUUUACUAAUAGUUCCAAUCUUGUCACACAUCAAAGGGUUCACAGAGGAGACAAACCAUUUUCGUGUUCUGACUGCGGAAAACGUUUCACCCAUAAAUCAGAUCUUGUUAAACACCGGAGGGUUCACACAGGUGAGAAACCAUUCUCAUGCCGUGAAUGUGGCAAAUGUUUUACAAACACAUCCAACCUUGUCACACAUCAGAGGAUUCACUCUGGUGAGAAACCGUUCUCAUGUACUGAGUGUGGUAAAUGUUUUAUAAGCAAUGCAAGCCUUAUCAAACACGAGAGAAUUCACACAGGAAAGAAACCAUAUGGCUGUACUGUAUGUGGUAAAUGUUUCACUGAUAAAUCAAAUCUUUCCAGACAUCGAUUGACUCAUAUAGAUAAGAAAACACUCACUUUUCACUAAUAUGAAGUAGGCUGUGUUGAUAGACAUGUAAUAGAAAGAUAUUUAUAUUUCCCUUUGUAAAGUUUCUGUACUUAACACACAUUGUUGCAAUCAGAGUGUCAGUGAGCAGAUUUUUUUUAAAUUAGAUUUUGUUCUGUGUUUCCACCAUCUCUGCAAAGAACAUUUUUGAAAUUGAAAAUUGAUUCUCAUCUGUGGUGGUAAAAACAGACAAACCGAAAAUCUGCUUUUACGCUUACAUGGUUCUUUAGGGAGGAAUUUUGUUUGCUUCCUUAUUAUUGAAAAAGCAUCAUAUAUAAAAAUACAGGGUAUCCCAAAUGACCAUAGACUGCUUGAAACCUUGAGGUAGCAUGUUGUCAAGGCCUUUUCCAACCAGCGCAAAUGUAUGUUCCGUUCAUCAUAGUAGAUAUGUUCUAAAACUAGUGUCCAGUGCAACAGGAAGAAACAAACCAUGAUUUGAUUUCUUUUGGGUAUGGAUAGUUCACAGCAUGAAAUAGGUUAUUCCCCAGCUACUGGAAACCUGUGAUAAUCAGAAUUGUUUUGUACAAUUUACUAUUUUGUAGUCUCUCACAGUCCAGUGUUUUUAUGAAAUAUGUUGGAUGGUGUAUUUUUAAAACCUAUUUAUGUAGUGUCAAUGCCCGAAUGAGUGUAUCCUGUAUCUAUUAAGGCAGUCGUUCCUAACACCUGGCUCCUUGUGCCAUUUUAGUGGGUUAUCACAUUUUGGAACAGACACAUUACAUCAUCAGGCUACAGGUAAUUGCCCACAGUAAUUUAUUUAUUGUAUAGACCCUGCCUUUCGCAGUGCAUUGGAGACCAAUUUGCAGACUAAUGAAGGUUUU